CAACAAUCUCCUUCAGCAUCGAUCCGCCCGCCACCAGCAGCAGCAAUCCGUUUUUCACCGUGCCUUUCCACUCACCACCAGCCGCCGGCCCCCAGGCCACAGGCCCAAGCCAAGCCGCGCGGCGUCACUCCCAAACCCUAGCUCGCCCGCAGUCGCCGGUGAUGUCGUCCCCUUCGUCGUCCCCUGCGCGGAGGCGGGAGGUGGGGGAGGGCGGCGAGCUCCCCGUCCCCGUCCCCGUGCCCGCCUCCGUUGUCGGCGACGACAAGGUCCUGGCGGCGGCGCAGCACAUCGUCAAGUCGCUCGCCACGUCCAAGAACGCCGCCGACGACAUGAUCCGCAUCCUCUCCGGAUUCGACCACCGCCUCUCCUCCAUCACCUCCGACCUCUUCCCGUCCCCGUCCCCCGCCGCCGCCUCCGACGCGGACCCAGCCGAGCCCCCCGGUGAGCAGGAACCCUCCUCCUCCACCUCCUCCUCCUCGCUCGCAGAUUUCGACGCCGCUGAGCAGCUCAUCCACCUCUGGGACACCACCCCGGAGGCGCUCGUGUUCGAGGCCCCCGAGGACGACGCCGCGCACUACCUCGCCGCCGUCGACGUCGCCGUCGACCACCUCUCCGCCCCCGCCGUCUCCGCCCGCGCCGGGGUCGCCGUGCAGCUCGCCAUGUCGCGCCUCGAGGACGAGCUCCGCCACCUCAUGCUCCGCCACUCGGUGCCGCUCGACGCCAGCGGCCUCUACUGCUCGCUCCGCCGCCUCUCCCUCGGCUCCAUGGACGACCUCGACACCUCCUCCGAGUUCGAUCCCGCCACCCCGCACAGCCAGGACGGCGGCGCCGGCGCCGGCCCGGACACCGCCCGCAGCGCCAGCAUCGCGGGGAACAACCCCUUCGAGGACCAGGUCUUCGACCUCGUGCGUCCGGACGCCAUCGAUGAGAUACGCGCCAUCGCUGACCGGAUGCUGCACGCGGGGUAUGACAGUGAGCUCGCGCAGGUAUACUGUGCCAUCCGGCGUGACCUGCUCGAUGAGUGCCUCACCGUGCUCGGUGUGGAACGGCUCAGUAUCGAUGAGGUGCAGCGCAUCGAGUGGAAGCAUCUCAAUGACAAGAUGAAGAAGUGGGUGCAUGGGGUCAAGACAGUUGUUCGCUGCCUGCUCACCGGUGAGCGCCGGCUCUGUGACCAGGUGCUUGCUGUGUCCGACGAGCUCCGGGAUGAGUGCUUUGUGGAGUCCACCAAGUGCUGCAUCAUGCAGAUCCGUAACUUUGGGGAUGCUGUCUCUGUGUGCACUCGCUCGCCCGAGAAGCUUUCCCGGAUCCUUGACAUGUAUGAGGCGCUUGCUGAGGUGAUCCCUGAACUAAAGGAGCUGUUCUUUGGGAGUUAUGGGGGUGAUGUCAUCCAUGAUCUGGAGGGGGUUCUUGAAAGGCUUGGUGACGCGGUCAAGGGUACCCUUCUUGAGUUUGGGAAGGUCCUACAGCAGGAGUCAUCGCGGCGACCCAUGAUGGCUGGUGAGAUCCACCCAAUGACACGCUAUGUGAUGAACUAUCUCAGGUUGUUGGUCGUUUACUGUGACACACUUGACAUACUUUUGGAUGACAGUGGUGCUGGAGCUGUAGAUCAUAAUAUUUUACAUAAUGGCACCGAUGAGGAUCAGGAGUAUCUGAAGAGUUUGACCCCAUUUGGACGCCGUUUAGUCAAACUGAUAUCUUACUUGGAGGUUAAUCUGGAUGAAAAAUCUAAACUUUAUGAGGAUGGGGCACUGCAGUGCAUAUUUUCCAUGAAUAACACACUCUACAUUGUACAAAAGGUUAAGGAUUCCGAGCUCGGGAGGAUUUUAGGUGAUCACUGGAUACGGAGACGCCGUGGCAAGAUUAGGCAAAAUUCAAAGAGCUACCUUAGGGUUUCAUGGACCAAAGUUUUGUCUUAUUUGAAGGAUGAUGGACAUGGCAGCAGUGGGAGCGGGAGUUUCGGCAGCAGCGGGAACUCAAGCUCUAGGAUCAAAGAAAAAAUUAAGAAUUUCAACUUGGCCUUUGAGGAGCUAUACAGGAGCCAAACAGUUUGGAAGGUGCCAGAUCCUCAACUCCGAGAAGAACUCAAGAUUUCUAUAUCUGAAAAUGUGAUACCAGCUUACCGUGCCUUUACUGGAAGGUAUGGCAGUCUAGUUGAUAGUGGAAGGAACUCUGGAAAAUACAUAAAGUACACUCCAGAGGAUUUGGAGAAUCACCUGUCUGAUCUAUUUGAAGGGUCACUAGGGUCUGCCAACCAUUCCAGGAGAAGAUGACGAUUUCUCAUGAUGAGAUUUGGCUACAGGUAUGCUUUUGGUACGAGGGACACCAUAUCAUCAAACAGCUAUAGUGAAUGUGUUGAACUGCCAUAUCGCAAUGUAAUUCAGAAUACGACCCCCUUUGUUUUGCAAUCAAUAUAUGUGUAAUACUAAGUGAUGUACAUGUUCUUUUUUUCUCAGUAUAUUCUUAUAUUUGCUUGUUUU